GGCGGACAUGUUGGCCAGGCAGUGCGAGAAAAUCGGGCACAGUUUGUUUUUCGAAAAAUAACACCGCCUGAAAUAAAUCUGUAUUUGAAAUAGUAGACAUAUAUUUUGCAUUCGUUAGAAUAGUUGUUGUGUGCGAAGAUGCUACAAAAAAGACAGACGGGCUGCAAUGGAGCUUUUUCAGGAGACCGUGUUUUAAAGUGAUCGAAUUUUGGAAGGCGAAGUUAUUUUUCACCACUUCUACUUUGCAGCUGUCAGACUCGUUUGUCGUUUUUUUGGCAGGGCCUGGCACUAAUAUGGACAUUGGCUUGGAGUAAUGUGACCAUCCCGUAAGCCACAUUUGUAACUUCUACUUUAUCUGCUUCGUGUGUGAACACGGCCAGAACAUUUUCGUUUAAAUUGUCCUGCACACCGCUUGAUCCCUCUGCGGCAGUCUGGAGAGCCUUGAUAAUCUGUUGCUGCUAGCCAGCUAGCUAGCACCUACUUUUCUUUUCCUUUUUUGUCCUGUUAGCUUGCUAGCGAAGUUGUCAUUGGCGAUACCAACGACAACUCUGCGGAAACAAGUCUUUUUUUCUUAAAAUGUGGGUUUUGAUCUCCCGGUGUUCUUUUGUACAUUACAGGGAGUGUGAAAAACUGAAAAGACACACAGCCCUUGAUUGAUCACACAUCCACUACUGUUAACUUCACGAAGUCAAAGCGAAGGAAGAAGUUUCACCAGCUCACCAGUAAGCUAGCUCCCAAAGCUAGCCAUAAUAUUUUUAAUCACUGCUAACGCCGGCGUGGAACUCAGUUUGACAGCAAAAUGUCUUCGGAGGAAACGGCUCGUUUCGAGAAAAUCGAUGCGAUGUUGAAGGACCCUAAAUCGGAAAUAAACACAGACUGCUUACUGGAUGGCCUGGAUGCGCUGGUUUACGACCUUGACUUUCCUGCCUUGAGGAAGAACAAGAGCAUCGACAACUUCUUGAACAGAUAUAAGGAGACCAUCGGCAAGAUCCGUGAUCUUCGCAUGAAGGCAGAGGACUAUGAGAUGGUCAAAGUCAUCGGCAGAGGGGCAUUCGGAGAAGUACAGCUGGUGAGGCAUAAAGCCACGACGAAGGUGUACGCCAUGAAACUUCUCAGCAAAUUCGAAAUGAUCAAGAGGUCUGAUUCAGCUUUCUUCUGGGAAGAGAGAGACAUCAUGGCCUUCGCCAACAGCUCUUGGGUGGUGCAGCUUUUUUACGCAUUCCAAGACGACCGCUACCUCUAUAUGGUGAUGGAGUACAUGCCGGGCGGAGACCUGGUCAACUUGAUGAGCAACUACGACGUGCCAGAGAAGUGGGCGCGCUUCUAUACCGCCGAGGUGGUGCUGGCACUCGACGGCAUCCACUCCAUGGGCUUUAUACACAGGGAUGUGAAGCCUGACAACAUGUUGCUCGACAAAUCGGGCCACUUGAAGCUUGCCGACUUCGGAACGUGUAUGAAAAUGAAUAAGGACGGUAUGGUACGAUGUGACACUGCGGUGGGAACCCCUGACUACAUAUCACCUGAGGUACUGAAAUCACAAGGGGGAGAUGGUUACUAUGGCAGAGAAUGCGACUGGUGGUCGGUCGGCGUGUUCCUGUAUGAAAUGCUAGUGGGUGACACGCCGUUUUAUGCGGACUCGCUGGUCGGGACGUACAGCAAGAUCAUGAACCACAAGAACGCCCUGGCGUUCCCAGAGGACAGCGAGAUCUCCAAGGACGCCAAGAACCUCAUCUGCGCCUUUCUAACCGACAGGGAGGUGAGGUUAGGCCGAAACGGGGUCGACGAAAUCAAACGACACUCCUUCUUCAAGAACGACCAGUGGACGUGGGAGAGCAUCAGGGACACGGCGGCCCCAGUGGUGCCCGAGCUGAGCAGCGACGUCGACACCAGCAACUUCGACGACAUCGAGGAGGACCGGGGAGAGGAGGAGACCUUCCCCAUCCCCAAAGCUUUCGUGGGCAACCAGCUCCCCUUCGUGGGCUUCACCUACUACAGUACCCACCAGCGUCUCCGCUCGUCCAGUAGGAAAUCGAGUGAGAAGCACACCAGCUCCACCAACGAGGACAAGAGUCAGCUGGAGAGUCUGCAGAAGAGGAUCUACCAGCUGGAGGAGCAGCUCCACAGCGAGAUGCAGCUCAAGGACGAGAUGGAGACCAAGUGCCGGUCCUCGAAUACAAAAUUAGAAAAAAUCUUGAAAGAACUAGACGAGGAGGUGAAUCAGAGGAAGAAUGUGGAAGGGUCCCUGUCCCUGCUGGAGAAGGACAAGAUGAUGAUCCAGCACCGCGUCACAGAAUACCAGAGGAAGGCCGACCAGGAGGCGGAGAAGAGGCGCAACGUGGAGAAUGAAGUGUCCACCUUGAAAGAGCAACUGGAAAACAUGAGGAAGAUCAGCCAGAAUUCCCAGGCCUCCAAUGACAAGAUUGCACAGCUGCAGAGUCAACUGGAAGGGGCCAAUGACCUGCUGCGGGCGGAGUCGGACACGGCGGCUCGGCUACGCAAGAACCACACGGAGAUGAGCAAGAACAUGAGCCAGCUGGAGACGGUGAACCGCGAGCUGCAGGAGAAGAGCCGGGCGGCGGAGAACGCCAACCAGGCGCUGGAGAAGGAGAUGCUGCAGCUGCAGAGCACACUCGACUCCGAACGACGCAACUACAGCCAGGGCUCCGAGGAGAUCCGCGAACUAGAGGCACGGAUAACCGGUCUGCAAGAGGACAAUAAGAAUCUGAAGCUCAGUUUUGCCAAAUUGGAGGGCGAGAGGAAACAAGCACAAGAAAGAAGCAAUAAUCUUGAAAAGGAGAAGAACAACAUGGAGAUCGACCUGAACUACAAGCUGAAGACGCUGCAGCAGCGGCUGGACCAGGAGCUUACGGAGCACCGGGUGACGCGGGCGCAGCUCACCGACAAGUACGAGUCCAUCGAGGAGGCCAAGUCAGCUGCCAUGCAUGCUGUGGAGCAGAAGGUGUCGGAGGAGAGUGUGGCGCGCAUGCGGGCGGAGAGCCGGGUGGUGGAGGUGGAGAAGCAGUGCUCCAUGCUGGAGUUCGACCUCAAGCAGUCGGUGCAGAAGAUGGAGCAGCUGAUGAAGCAGAAGGAGAGGCUAGAGGACGAGCUGAAGGCCCAGCGAGAGCAGCUGGAGAAGGAGUCGGGCAAGCGCGCGCUGACCCAGAGCGAGCUGAAGAGCUGGACGGUGGAGGCGGACCGGCUCAAGGCCUCGGAGAAGCAGCUGAAGCAGGAGAUCAACGCCGUGCUGGAGGGCAGGCGCUCACUGGAGUUCCAGCUCGCACAGCUCACCAAGCAGUACAGGGGGAACGAAGGGCAGAUGCGGGAACUUCAGGACCAGCUGGAGGCUGAACAGUAUUUCUCAACGCUUUAUAAAACUCAGGUGAAGGAGCUGAAGGAGGAGAUCGAGGAGAGGAACAGGCAGCUGCAGGAGGCCAGCAAGAAGGUGCAGGAGCUGCACAGCGAAAGGGACUCUCUGUCGGCCCAGCUGGACCUGACGGUGACGAAGGCGGAGUCGGAGGGCCUGGCGCGGGCGCUGCAGGAGGAGCAGUACUUCGAGCUGAGCCAGGAGCACAAGAAGGCCAUGGCCCGCCACAAGCAGGAGAGCCAGGAGAAGGACGCCACCAUCGCCCGGCUUGAGGAAUCCAAUAAAACCCUUACCAAAGACGUGGAGACCCUCACCAUAGAGAAGGCGGAGAUGGAUGACAAGAUUCGAACCCAGACGGAAGAGUACGAGGCACAGAAGGAGGAGAUUUCAAACUCAAUCAAGGCCACCUACGAGAAGGUGCUCAACACGGAGCGGACACUCAAGACCCAGGCGGUCAACAAGCUGGCGGAGAUCAUGAACAGGAAGGACAUGAAGAUGGACCAGAAGAAGAAGGGCAGCACGGUGGACCUGCGCAAGAAGGAGAAGGAGAACCGCAAGCUGCAGGCCGAGCUCAACCAGGAGAAGGACAAGUUCAACCACAUGGCCAUCAAGUACCAGAAGGAGCUCAGCGAGAUGCAGGCGCAACUGGCGGAGGAGAGCACGUACCGCAACGAGCUGCAAAUGCAGCUGGACAGCAAGGAGAGCGACAUUGAGCAGCUGCGGGAGCGGCUUAACGACCUGCAGCUCCGCAUGGACAACUCCAGCGUCACCAGCCUGCAGACGGACGAGACGGACAGCAACAUCGCCGAAUCAAGGAUGGAAGGCUGGCUCUCGAUACCUAAUCGUGCUAACAUAAAACGCUACGGCUGGAAGAAGCAGUAUGUCGUGGUCAGCAGCAAGAAAAUCCUGUUCUACAACGACGAACAGGACAAAGAGCAGUCCAGCCCUUCCAUGGUACUCGAUAUCGACAAACUAUUCCACGUGCGGCCAGUCACACAGGGUGAUGUGUACCGAGCUGAGACUGAAGAGAUACCCAGGAUAUUCCAGAUCCUGUACGCCAACGAGGGCGAGUGCCGAAAGGAGGCCGACAUGGAGUCCGUGCCGCAGGGCGACAAGAACUGCCAGCCCCACAAGGGCCACGAGUUCAUCCCCACGCUCUACCACUUCCCCACCAACUGCGAAGCGUGCGCCAAGCCCCUGUGGCACGUCUUCAAGCCCCCGCCCGCGCUGGAGUGCCGGCGCUGCCACGUCAAGUGCCAUAAGGACCACCUGGACAAGAAGGAGGACGUCAUCGCCCCAUGCAAAGUGAAUUACGACGUGACCUCGGCGAGAGACAUGCUGUGUCUGGCCGUGACCCAGGACGAGCAGAAGAAGUGGAUCGGCCACCUGGGCAAGAAGAUCCCCAAGACCCCACCCUCCACCUUCUCCCGCGCCUCGCCACGCACCAUGUCCACGCGCUCCGUAGCAAACCAGUCCUUCCGCAAGAACCCCAAAAGUAUCACAGGCAAGCCAAGCUAACCAUCUGGUCCAUUGGAUUCUGUUGGGACUUUGUACCUUUUAUUCUUCAGAAAAAAGAGAGAAAAAAAACAAACAAAAAUACUUUUAAACGAUUAAAAUGGAUUCACACAAUUUAUCUAACACACACACACACACACACACACACACACACACACACACACACACACACACACACACACACACUCUCACAAACACACGCACAUACACAUGCACAUACACACACACAUACACACACACAUACACACAAACACACCACAUCAUGUGCAUACAUAAUGUCAAUACAGAGACAGUUUGACCAACGCUGGAUAUUUGGGACCAGUGCCUGAGACAAGGCAUCCUACCACCCUACCCCCUCCCCCCUCUCUCUUCCUCUCACUCACUCUCCCCCCUUUAUCUCUCUCUCUCGUCCCCAUCCCUUCCUCCCCAUCUCUCUGCUUUGAUUGGGACCUCUCUCCUCUCUCCGACACAUCAUCUCUGUCCUCCGAGCGUCAUCGCAGCUGGACAGCGGGGACCUCCCUGCUCUUGCCUUGGGAUUGCAAGCCUGCGGAGGUGGCGUCUGUGUGGGUGUAUCUCCAGGGAGGGUCCUCCUGAGAGUUGGGGCUGGGUGUGGGGGGGAGUAAGGAUCCUUGGCCUACGGUGCAUGUUCAAGGUCAAUGAAGGGGGAGGUCUUAUGCAAUACAAGGGGCGACUGCUGUGUGGCAAGAGGGGUAUAUCUGGGGAUACUAAAACUGGGACUCACUCUUUCUCUCUCUCUCAUUCUCAAUCUCUCUUAUCUGUUUGUUUGUUUGUUUUGUUUGGGAACAAAACUCUUGUGAGCAAACAUACCCGUUUUCCAUCUCAGUGGACUCACAUGCCUUCUUUUCAUGAACUCUGGCUGCCUUAAUGUUUCCCCCUCCCCCUCUUCUGAGUCUAAAAGGAAAUGCGAUAUUGAACAGAGUAUUGGGUACUGAGUAUGUGUUUUUAUUGGUUUUUGUUUUUGUUUUUGUUGUUCAAGAAUUUUUUUUUUGUCAUGGAGCAUGCAAGAUCAUCAUCACAAUCUAUGCAUAUUACAACAAUAAUAAUUGUUAUUGUUAUCACCAUUAUUGCUCCAAGCCAUGGGAAGCCCAUUACAAAUGGCAUUAGGAGGUACAUUGGUCCUGUAACGCGUGCGUGCGUGUGUGUGUGUAUGUGUGCGUGCGUGCGUGCGAUCGUGUGUGUGCGUGUGUGUGUGAGAGAGAGAGAGUGCGAUUGUGUGUGUAUGUGUGUCUUUUUUUUUUUUCAUUUUGUAAUGUAUGGCCUUACUUUGGUUCAUAGAUAAAUGGUUCAAAAGGAAACAUUAAGUUAACAAAUGUAAAACUGCACUGUUUGAAUUGUAAAUUAUUUGUAGAAGACUUAACUGGUGUAGCAUUUGGCCCACCUAGUGCCUUAAUUUUUGGAUAACGACUUUACUGCCAUAUCUGUCUGUGUUCAACUCCAAACAAGACAAAUCUUAACUCUGUAUUUUUUUUUUCAUGAAAAGGGUUAUCUUCCAUGUGGCUUUAUUGGAAACUUCUGGUGUGAAAUGGAAAAGUCCUUUGUGCGUUUUUAUUUUUUUGACAAAUUGCAUAUUGUGUCAACCAAAGUCAAAAAUUGAGUAUCCUGUGUCAUGGAUAAUAACCCCGAUGGAGGCAACGUUCCCUUCAAUGAACUUUUUAUUAUUGCCAACAUGAUCAGUUGAAAACGGAUAACUUCUGUCCUGUCGACACAAACCCCUUCAGUGUACAUAAUCAGACUCAAAGAUCAUGAAUACCUCCGUAGUUAUCAACAAUGGGUUUUACAUAUGUGUUCAGUAAAAAAAAAGAAGCACUGGAACUAUGAUCUCUUCUGUUUUGUCUUGGAUGACUUGCAUGUUUUCAUUGCAUUGGAGGCCGCACUGAUGGAUAUGUGUCAAUAAACAUAUCUUUAUCUAUCA